UCAGGUCUUAAAAAUUAGCUUGAUUGGCCACCGGAAGCGCGUUCUGGCAUCUUUGGGAGACAGGCUUCACGAAGAUCCUCCUCAGAAACCACCUCGGUCAAUAACCCUCAGGGAACCCAGUGGUAACCACACUCCUCCUCAGUUGUCUCCAUCACUCAGCCAAAGCACUUUCACUACUGGUGGCUCCCUGGACGUUCCCCACAUUAUCAUGCAGGGCGAUGCAAGGAGAAGAAGAAAUGAAAACUAUUUUGAUGAUAUUCCCCGGUCAAAGCUGGAGAGGCAGAUGGCACAGCAGUCUUCGGUCUGUGAGAUCUGGACCAACCAGAAUGCAGGAUACCCUUUCUCCUCGAUCCAUCAGGUUCAUAAUACAGGAGACUGGGGAGAGCCUUCAAUUACCUUGAGACCUCCAAAUGAAGCCACAGCAUCAACGCCUGUACAAUAUUGGCAACAUCAUCCAGAGAAACUCAUCUUCCAGUCAUGCGAUUAUAAAGCAUUUUAUUUAGGUUCCAUGCUGGUAAAAGAGUUAAGAGGCACAGAGUCAACACAGGAUGCAUGUGCAAAGAUGAGGAAGUCUACGGAACAGAUGAAGAAAGUACCAACCAUUGUCUUGUCUGUCUCUUACAAGGGAGUCAAAUUUAUUGAUGCCACAAAUAAGAACAUUAUCGCCGAGCAUGAAAUCCGUAACAUUUCCUGCGCUGCGCAAGACCCCGAAGACCUUUCCACGUUCGCGUACAUCACCAAGGACUUGAAGACUAAUCACCACUACUGCCACGUGUUCACUGCAUUUGAUGUGAAUUUAGCUUACGAAAUCAUUCUUACACUAGGACAAGCAUUUGAGGUGGCCUAUCAGCUUGCACUACAAGCACGAAAAGGGGGUCAUUCUUCAACCCUCCCCGAAAGCUUUGAAAACAAACCCUCUAAACCUAUUCCCAAACCACGUGUUAGUAUUCGGAAGUCAGUGCAGAUAGAUCCAUCCGAACAAAAGACUCUUGCGAAUCUACCCUGGAUUGUUGAACCUGGACAAGAGGCCAAAAGAGGCAUUAAUACCAAGUAUGAAACUACAAUUUUCUGAUACAAAACUGUCCCCCUGUUCCUUGUUGUGCCUUGCACGCCAAGCAGUCACAGCACAGCCUUUCCUUUAUGGCAACGUUUCAAUCCAGCAGAGAGGAAGACUGCACUGUAUGAGUGGCCUUGUAACUAACAAAAAAGGCUGACAGUCAUUUCUGGUGAUCUUCUUCUUCCUGCAGCACUGACAGAAGAAUGACACUAUAUGAAGACUUUUAAAAUUACAGUCCACAAGAGGAGUGAAAAACCUUAUUUUUCAUGCAGUUCUCCCUUGUGACUCUGCCACAGUGCUUUCUUUGAUUUCUUAUUUCAGAAUUCUACUUUUUAAAGAAAAAAAAAACCUAAAGGUCUCUAAACUAAUACUAAUGCUGCCUAUGAGUAGAGUAUUUGAUUGGGUUUUUUAUUUAAAUCUUGGCAGUUUUUAAUUGAAAUAGAACCAGAAUUAAUAAAUAGAUUAUUUGUGAAACCACUGAAUUCAUUAAUAAUUAUUGUGUUGAAUAAAGAGCUCAUUAAUAAGUGACGAGAAAUUAGGCACCCUGAUUUCUGUGUGCGCUGAUUUUGUAUGUAAUCAUUGAUGUCCUUUGAUCCUCUACAAAAAUAAGAACCUCUUGCAUUGUAGCAAAGGAUCAGAGUUUUAUGGAUGGUUAGAAAAAGGUAUUAAUAAUGCACAGAAAACAUUUAUUAGAUAUUUUUAUGGAAGAGAAGUACUAUAGGAAAACAUAUGAAUAUUUAUGGAAGGAAGCCAGAUAAAUUAUGAGAAAUAUUGUUUAUUUUAAAGUUAAGUAAAUGACUGCUAUUGCAGCAUUAUGAAAAUUAUAAGAGUUGUAGCAUCAGUGCACUGGAUGUUCUGUGUGAUCAGUCUGGAAUGAAAGUGGAAUGGUUAUUCUACUACAUCUACAUAUAGUUUAUGCAGUUCAACAUUGCUAUAGCCAUGAAUUCUACUAGUCUUUUUAAAAAGAUAAUCUCAGUGGUUCUAAAAAAAGUCAAAACCAUGGCUUUUGCUAUCAAGAUUUCUGUCACAGAAAGCUUGUUUGGAAGAGUGUUGAUAAAAUUCUACUGCAAGACAUUUUCUAAAUAAAAACAGCAAGAAAAAGAAAAAAAUUCCAAAGUAAUAAAAAUGUUUUCAUGAAACAAAAUAAUUAAGCAUUUGCUUAAUAUUUGGUUAAAUAAGAUUUACUUACUUUUUCUUUAAAGUGUUUUAAUUUUUUUAAUGUCUGUGGAGUAUUUGUAUAAUACCAUGAUGUAUAUUUAUGUAGAACUGAAAUUAUAACAGUAAAAAUAUCAUUAUAGGAGAAAAAUGACAUUUUAACGUAUAUUGUUCUAUCCAGUCAAAUUGUGAAUCAUUUUGAAGUUCAUUAUAGAGAUAUUGAUAAAUUGUGUGGUUGUCUCAAUGUUUUUUUAAUUAUUAUUUCAUAUCCAGCUGAGGUUUUUCAGUUAGAAUCAUCAGUUGGUAUAUUCCAAAAAAUGGAUAAUUGAACUUGGUUUAAAACUGAUAAUUGUAUAUGGUUUAGUUCAACCUAAUCAUAGCGCUGAGUGAUGACAUCCUUUUAAUACAGUAUUCAAUUUACUUGAACAAAAUAGUUCCUUGUACAUACUUUUGCUUAUUCACUGUUGAUAUGUACUUAGUCAACUGACAGUAAAAAAAAAGAAUAACCCUAAAAAUAUGGUACCAAAAGGAAAAUUGUAUAGGAGAACAGUAAAUAGUAGCCUCACUGCAACAAAUACUUAUGUAAAUAUGCUUGGGCUUCCAGUUAUAAAUUUUGUAAUUUUGUCAUUUAUUUAUAUCCUAUAAAAGCACACAAAAUAAAAGGAAGUUGUACAGUC